AUGUUCAGGCAUUUGGAAUCCUACAUUCGCUUACGGCCUCUAGUGCUUAAUAGAACGGCCCAAAGGUCUCUCAAUAAUGUCCAAUUACCUUUUCAAGACGAUUUAACUGCUGCAGACUCCGAUGACUUCGGGUUGAGUGACUUCCAGCACUACCAAGAAUCUCCGGAAAUCGUUGCAAAAAGACAAGAAUUAAGUGGUUUCAAUCCAACUAUCGAGGAUGCUACGUCAAAUAAUAUAAGCAAAGUUCAGGAGGAACCCAUAUCGUUUGAAGAACAGACCAAGUUGAAGAGGCCAGCGAUAUUCGUAUCCAAACUUUCCAACCCCUACACCAACCUUGCAAUAGAAGACUAUGUCUACAACAAUAUGCCCAUACCGACAGAGAGCGGCUCCAAUUUCAACCGUUUGAUGUUUUACACAAACUCUCCUUGUGUGGUUAUAGGCAAGAACCAGAACCCUUGGAAAGAAGUGAACAUUCCGUUAUUGAAUUCAUUGCAUAUACCUUUGGUGAGGAGGAAGUCUGGGGGAGGUACAGUUGUUCACGACAUGGGGAACGUUAACUAUUCAUUUAUGACAACGAAAGCGCAAUUUGAUAGAUUUCAAUUCGCCGAGUUAGUUGUAGAAGCCGUCAAUAAUUGUCAAGAGUCUCCACACAAGAUCCAGGUGAAUGAAAGAGGAGACAUCGUUACAGUAACGGAUGGUAUAAAUUACAAAAUUAGUGGAUCUGCUUACAAACUUUCUAAAGGUAAGUCUUACCAUCAUGGAACCAUGUUGCUUAAUCUGAGAUUGGAUAUUCUAGGCAAACUUUUGAGCAGAGACGAAAAUGCAAUAGGCAAGGUAGAGUCGAAAGCAAGUAUCGCUUCUGUGAAAUCAAAAGUGACGAAUUUGGGACUUUCCCAACUGAAAUUCAUAGAGGUUGUCAGUAGAGGAUUUACCAAUUCAUUUGGAAAGAAUGAGACCAUUGAAACUCAUGAAGCAGACGAAUACGACCAAAAUGAGUUAUUCGGGUUGACUGAUUUUGUUGAAGCAAACACUGACAGGUCAGCCUCAAGCUUUAUUAUAGAUGAAACGACUGAAUUACCGGACGAAAUCAUCAAGCUUUCUGACGAGCUUAGAGAAUGGUCUUGGAGAUAUGGAUCUUCACAGUCGUUCAGUCAUGAAAUUACCAACCACAAGUUGGGCUUCACCAUUACGUUUCAUGUUGGCAAGCAUGGUGUUGUGGAAAGCUUUGAAUUGCAAUUCAACGACCCCCAAUUGUUGGCCCAAGAAAAGAUAGAAGAGAGCUUUGAAUUCCUCCAGACCUUUGUUGAAAAGGGUAGUGUCCAUUAUAGAGGCAGUGAUAUUGCUGGAUUUAUUACCAAUGACAUGAUUAGUGACUGGGUCGGUGAGUGCAUCGAUAACACUGUAUAG